AGGUGGUCACGCGAGCCGUGUUCGCCGGUCUUGCUAGGAGUCGAACCUAUUCGGCAGGUUGAACAAGCAAGGUUCCUGGGCAUUAUUCUUGACUCGAGGUUAUCGGGUGGUCCUCAUAUUGAGGGGGUCACCCGCAAAUGUAGAGCGAUCUGCAAUGUAAUCACCUCUCUUGCGGGGGUAUGGUGGGGGGCUCAUCCUUCCACUCUUCUUACCCUGUACAGGUCUACCCUCCGAAGUGUCAUGGAGUACGGUCAUCAGGUUUUCUUCACUAGAGGCAAUUCGAGUAGAUUAAUCAAACUAUAUAGAAUCCAAUAUAAAGCGAUUAGAACAGCCAUGGGAUAUCGCCUCUCCACCCCCAUUAACACCAUGUUCGAUGAAGCAAGAGAACCUCCUUUUAUGCGCCGAUUGGAUUUUUUGAACUCCAGAUUCAUUUACAAAAACGUAGCCAACUCGGAGAGUUUGGUCAUCAAUUCUUUAGUGGAUAUCGCGGAAUCUACUUCCUCCAUAAUAAAAAGGACAUCCCGGCAACUCUAUCUAGGCAAACGUGAAACGACGCUGCUCUUCGAGGAACUUUCUGCAGAAUAUCGUGCAGAAGCUCUUACUUUUUACACGGAUGGAUCUAAAUCGGAAACUGGGGCGAUGGUCGGUGUAGGAAUAUUUUCUCCAGAAAUCGACAUAGGUAUCUCCAAGGGGAUUCCCCGCGAGGCUUCAAUAUUUACUGCGGAGGCUUGGGCCAUUAUGACGGCUUUUGAUAUUGCCCGAGAAAGGGGUGGUAGGUUUGGUAGGAUCACGAUCUUUUCCGAUUCCAAGAGCGUCCUAGAGGCCGUGUGCUCCUUCAAUCCUUUUCCUGCAAACUUUAUCAUUUCCAAAAUCAGAGAACAGGUAUACCUAUUCAAAUCCUCGGGAAUUGCUGUCAACCUGAUAUGGGUUCCGGCUCACCGGGGCAUUCCCGGGAAUGAAAUGGCGGAUGCAUUGGCAAAAAGAGCGACUGUAACGGGAGGAGAAGUAUCCCCUGGAUGUCUACUUCCUUACACUGACUUUCUGGCAGAAUCCAGAAGUGAUCUCAGGAAUUCCUCCGAGAACUAUUUCAAAAUUUGUGCUGAGUCCAAAGGUACUCUCAACUUUGAAAAAUUUCAUAACAUGUCUCCUAAGCCUUAG